AUGGGUGCCCAACCUUCAAAACCAGCAGAAACAAAGGUAUACGUCCCUGAAACUCCAGUGAACUUCGAAAGCAAGCUAAUUGCACAGAUCGAUAACUCCACGGAAACAGAUUUCACCAGGGCUCAAAAGGCAGAGAGAUACUUGCAGGAGAAAGUUUCUGCGAAAUUGGCCGACUUGGAAGCUGAAGCCCUCAAAGAGUUCGAAAGUAAGCUCAGUUCUUCUACGCUACCGGAUGAUUCCAACUCCAAUUCCAGCACCAACACACUCUCUACUGCGCUAGUGAACGAGAAAGUGGAACAGUUGAAGAACCGUUUGGCCAAGCUAGAGGAGUCGCAUAAGGCAAAGAGUACAGAGAGCGUCGUUGCAACCAAGAAGAGUUUGACCGAGUGUUUGUUGAAGAACAAGGAAAAGCCUUUGAACUGUUACGAUGAGGUAGAGCAGUUCAAGAAGGCGGUCAUGGAGAUCUGA